UCUAGAACGGGGCAAGGACGUUGUCGGUAGUCUUUAUUGUGCUGUUGUUGAGUUUUCGUCGUCGGUGCAUAACGGGGGCCGUUUUUGAAGAAAACGGCGAACACGAUGCGCCGCCGCCCCGAAACCUUCACAACCAGAUGAUACCGCCGUUUGACGUCCUCGCGAAACGGACCAGUGAGUUGAGGAGAGCAUCAGCGGCGCAUCUCCAGUUUUUUAGUGUCUCACGCACUGCCACACCGUGAAGAAGAAGGAACCACUUCGUAAAACGCGAAUCCCCCCUUGGAUAUUACUUAGACAACGUUAACACAUGAAUGAAAUUUGCCUCUAUUGUAAUGACGGAUGGACAAUGAACAGCCCCACCAGGAACUUGUCAAGUGUGUCGUGGUGGGUGAUACGGCAGUCGGAAAGACAAGACUCAUUUGCGCUCGAGCUUGUAACAAACAAGUCAGUCUAGCACAGCUUUUAGCGACUCACGUGCCUACAGUUUGGGCGAUCGACCAAUAUCGAAUCUACAAAGAUGUAUUGGAACGGUCUUGGGAAGUGGUCGAUAGCGUCAACGUUUCGUUGCGUUUAUGGGACACAUUCGGUGACCACGAGAAGGAUCGUCGUUUUGCCUAUGGCAGAUCUGACGUUGUCCUUCUGUGUUUCAGCAUUAAUAAUCCGGUUUCGUUGCGAAACUGCCGGCUGAUGUGGUAUCCGGAAAUACGAAGGUUCUGUCCAAACACGCCUGUUUUGUUGGUUGGUUGUAAAAACGAUUUAAGAUAUAUGUAUAGAGAUGAGGCGUAUUUAUCGUAUUUCCGGGAUCGAUCACCGUUUGUAAGAGCGACAAGAAAGAGCGAUUUGGUCAUGCCUGAUGAAGCCCGCGAUGUUGCCCGAGAACUUGGACUUUAUUAUUAUGAAACAUCGGUUUUAACGUAUUAUGGGGUGAAUGAGGUAUUUGAAAAUGCAAUCCGAGCCGCGUUAAUGGCACGACGACAACAAAGAUUUUGGAUGACCAAUUUAAAAAAAGUUCAACGACCGUUAUUACAAGCACCGUUUCAACCACCACCACCACCUAAACCGGAAGUUGUUAUACCAACCAGUAUAUUUCAUGAAAACGCACGACAAUUAUGGUUGGAUCGGUCGCAUGUUGAUGUAUUAUUGGUGGCGGGGCCUGUUGCAUUUCCGGCACAUCGGUUCCUCUUAUCGGCAGCUAGUCCCGUCCUUUAUCGUUUACUAACUGCCGAUUUAAUGGCUCGGAGUACAAGCGAUUCUAGUAUGGUUAGUUCCCUUGGUGAUUUCGCCGAUGAAACCGAAUGUUUAAUGAAAGCGGAGCAAAAAAUUUGUAAACGAAGAGCAAGUUGUCAAGGGUUACCAUCUGGAAAAGAAUUUGAUCAUCCCGCUUUUCAAUCGAUUCGAUGCGUUGAUGGGCAAACUAUUAUCACCGUUAGUAGAAUGGUUACUCCAACUGCACUUCAACAAUGUCUACAUUAUGCUUACACGGGAUUGUUGGAACAUAGAAAUACAGAUAUUCAAGAAUUACAUCGUUUGGCUGAAUUAUUAGAACUACCCCAUUUACAGUCAAUAUUAACAACAGAUUAUCGUUCGGAUGAAAAUUACGAAAUAUAUCUUCGUCGCCGAAUUGGAGAUGUUUGUUUAGACCAAGGUUUAUUUGCUGAUGUAAUUUUUGAAUUGGAUGAUGGAGCUUGUGCUGCUCACAAACCAAUGUUAGCGGCACGUUGUGAUGUAAUGAAAGCAAUGUUUGGUGGUGAUUUUCGUGAGGGUCAAGCGAAAGUUAUUGAAUUUCCAGGUGUUCGAGAAUACACCUUUCACAAGCUGUUAUGCUUCCUCUACACGGACGAAAUCCCGGCGGUUAUAGCAGCCCGUUGUGUUAAUUUAUUAGAAUUGGCAAAUCGAUUAUGUUUACCGAGACUUGUGGCUUUGGUUGAACAACGGGUUAUUGAAGAUUUAGAACGUUUACCAUCAGCGGAAGCAAUUGAGCAUUGUUUGAGAUUAUUGGAACCAGUAAAAUUGCACAAUGCACAUCAAUUAGCCGAUUGGUGUAUGAAUAAUUUGUGCGUAAAUUACAAUAAAUUGUGUAAGAUGUCGCCACGUAGUUUGAGAUUAUUGCAUCCGGAUAAUCAGGCGUAUUUGGUCGAACACCGUUGGCCCCCCGUUUGGUAUUUAAAAGAUUACGAUUACUAUCAGAAAUGUUUGGCGGAACGGGAUCGCGAACAGAAACCUACUGUUAAAAACAAUUCUGGGUGUUUGUGCUUUACGCGCAAAUCUGAAUCUGAUCCUGCUAUUUCCACCUCCGGUAAACUAUGACCUAUACAACGGCUUUUUUAGCCAUAUUAUUCCGCCUUGGUUUCUAUAAUCCAGAGAUUUUAUUUUAAUUUUUACUAAAUCUUGAAGAUUCAACGUUAAUAUUAAAGUUGAAUAUUCAAAAUUAAUUAAUGCAUAUUUAACCGCAAACAAAUUUUAAUCAAUACCUUUACAUGGUGCUUUUAAUGUACGAUUUAAGAUAAAGAAGGCACAAAUUUAAAAAUUAGAAAGAAAGAAAUUAAUCGUACAUUAAAAAGGUGAUAUAAAUUUUAUUGUUUAAUAUAUUCCUAAUAAUCUACUUUAGGACCAAA